UAAGCUUUAUUUUCUUCAAACGUAAAAGGCACGGUAAUUUGUGUUUCUGGGGAGAUUAAAUUUUGUUUUUAAGGCGUCAUAUUGCUUCUUGGAACAAUAUGCAGUCGAAUCAUUUUUUGCUACACCUGCAACACGUGUAACUUGUUGGGUAGGUUGAAAUUGUUUAAACAUGAUUACAUGUACGUUUUGCUGUAAAACACUAGACUCAGUGAGGGGCUAUGUGUUGCAUUGCAGAGUGCACAGAAACGAGCCCAGUUGUGUAUUCAAAUGCCUGGGCACAGAAUGUAAGCGGACAUUUUGUACAUAUGCAGCGUUUAAAACUCAUUUUUACCGAGUUCACAACGUGGCUUCACAACCCGAAUCAGCCAAAGCCAUUGUUGCUAAAUUGAAAUGCACCAUUUCAUUGUGUGGGCACCGAAGCCAAACUGUGAAAGAAGUCGUUGCUCAUUUAAAGGAGCAUAUAAUGGAGGGGCGGCCUGUAGCAUGUCCAGUAAAAGCCUGCAAAAAAGUUUUCAGCGUCAAAUCAUCAUUCACAGCUCAUAUGUCCCGUAAACAUAGAGAUUUUUCUGUGGAUAACAUUGAUGUUUUGUACAAGGAAACUACAAAUAAGAUCGUUAGUCUGUCAGAAAACGAGGGGCCUUCUGAGAGCUUUAAUGAUGCUCUGACUAAUGAAAGUCACGAAUUAUCUCCAAAUUUCAACAAGGAUUAUCUCAGAAACUUGUCUCUUUUCUACCUGAAACUUCAAGGACAGCUGCUUCUUCCAGCUUCCACAAUACAGAACAUCGUUGAAGAGAUGCAAAAUGUGCAUGAGCUGGGAAUGGAUUACACUUUGACUAAAGUAAAGUCGCUUUUAAAAGAUGACAUGUGUCUUGCAGAUGAUGCUGUUGCUAAAAUCUGUGAUUGUGUAAGAGAUUCAGAUUUAUUUUCUGUUUGUCAUCAUGGGCCACUGAGAACAACAUAUUCAAGAACUCAGACUUUAAAAAAAAUGUUAAAAUACACAGAACCAAAGCAAAUAUCUUUAGGAAGUGAUGAAAACAUGACCCAGAGAUUUUCUUACUACAUACCCAUUAAACAGACACUAAGUGCACUUUUAGAAUCAGAUUUAUGGAAGAAUUCAGUGUUGGAACAGUCCAAUGACUCACACCCGGAUGUUUUCUGUGACAUAAGUGAUGGCCAAAACUUCAAGUGCAACCAGUUCUUCAUUGAAAAUCCUGGGUGCCUGAAGCUUAUUCUCUACCAAGAUUCCUUUGAAAUUGUUAACCCCCUUGGUUCAGCAAAGAAGAAACACAAAGUUGUCGCUAUUUAUCUAUCUGUGGCUAACUUACCUGCUCAUGUGCGGUCAAGCACUGAUCACAUGUCUCUAGUUUCAUUGUGUUCCGAGAACGAUUUAAAACAGUUUGGAACUGCAAAGGUUUGCUCUGAACUUCUCAUGGAUUUGAGAGAUUUAGAGGAACAUGGCAUUAUUGCAGGUGAAGAAACAGUCAAAGGGGCACUGUUCUGUAUUGCUGGUGACAAUUUAGGAUCACACAGCAUUGGUGGGUUUACUGAAAACUUUAGUACUUCUCAGUACUUUUGUAGGUACUGUGAAAUCACAAGAAAAUACUUUCUUAAUGAUCCAAAUGCUUGUGGUCCACAGCGAACCCCUGAAGCUUACAACUUGGCUGUCCAUCAUCGAGAGAUUGGAAGCAAUCAAGACAUCAAAGGUGUCAAGAAAUGGCUGAGCAAACAUUUUUACGCAGCGCUAUCAGUGAAGUGUUGCCCGAUCUUGCAGAGGCUUCAAAAGACAUUCUCGAGGAGACUUUACAGUCAAUUGGAGUAGAAACGUAUGAUGACUUCCAGUUCAUUGUUGAGGAAGACUUGCUGUCAGCAUUAAGACCAAUUCAAGCCAGAAAGGCACUUGCUGCUUGGAAAUUCAGAUGUCAAUCCUGCUUCCAUGCUAAACGAUUCAUGCUGAGUGUGGAUCAACAGAUUGGAAACAACAACAUCUCCUGUUUUAUUUCUGUCCUCUGCAUGAUGUUUGGGAGCUAUUAUUGUUUUAACAUACAUUAUCCAUCGGGGCUGGCGUCUACACUGGAGUUUCUGCAGAGGUGUUUCUUCUCAAUCAACCCAGACAAGGGCAGUAAGGUGGAAGAAACCCGUAAACCCAGACUGCGUGUGAACCCCCGUGUACUCACCUUGAUCCAGGAACUUUCGGAUCAUGAGUGGCGUGAUGUUUGAGAAAGGACUAAAGUCAGUGAGUUAUCAAGACAGUGUUUAAUCUUAACAGAGGUGAAUAGAUUUGUAAAUGUAUGUUGCAUCUCACACCGUGUCUGCUGAAGUUAAAAAAGUUGAAAAGACAUAUUUAUAUUUGUUCAGUGGCUGAAUUUUGCUCAAUGUCAGAAAGGACAAAUGAGAAUUUCAUUGAAAAUAUGUUUUCAAUUAAAAUGUUUAUUUGUUUCUAAAAAAAAAUUUGAAUUAUCAUUAUAGAUACAGUUUAUAUUGGGCUUCCUUGUGUUUUAAAUUUGCAUUUAACUGGUAAAUGUUUGUUGAAAUUUGAUGUUUAUAGAUAUUUGAAAAUAGAAUUGUUUCUAAAAAAGAAAAACUUUUGAAGCAAACAAACAUUAUUAUUAAAAUGUAUACUGGAAAUAGAAAUUUAUUGUAUGUUAUAAUCUUCAAGCCCCCCCUCCAAAAAAAGGGGGUGAAAGUUGGUUCUCAUACUGUUUCUGAUAAAGUUAAAAAGGUUGAAGAAAUUUAUAUCUAUUCAGCAGGUGCAUUUGCUUCAUGUGCUUCAUGAUGUUCAGAAAAGACAAAUGAGAACUUCAUUGAAAAUAAAUAUUUCAAAGGCA